GUGGAUCUCACAGCCGUCACAAGAGAGAACAGAAGAACAACACACUUCUUUUGAAAACAUAAACCUCAUGAAAUGGCAAACGCAACAGAUAACCGCUUCAAAGCAAGACGGAACAGCCGCAGAAUACGAGAGUUAUAUCUUGAGGGAGAGCAUGUCAGCUUAGAAAAUCUGAAAAUGAGAGAUGAUAUAAUACAUGAAGAAAAAGUACAAAAGUAUCUCUCCAAAGAUGUCACAGGUUAUCCAACUCCUGUUGAAUUUCACAUCACAGAAUUGACCCAUGUCACUAACAAAACUAGCCUUCGGGAGAUCUGGGAUUUGGAGGGAUUUGAAAAAGAUUGGUUUUCAUGGUGGAGCCUGAAGAUCAAUGAAGCAGAAAUAAGAGCAGCCGAGGAGCGUUUCCUCGAGAGUUCAAUCCCAGACAGAAGCAAAGAAGAAAUAGCAGCUCAGAAGCCGUUCCUGAGAGAUUUCACCACAUCACCAGCAUUCAUAAAUGACACCUCACGCUACGGAAACUUCCGCUUCACGUUUCCUUUGACUGAACUGAUGGAGGCCUACAAGAAGCAGAUGUGUGAGGACAAAGAGCCGGUUCUCAGGGUAUACAAGACCAAACUUUUCAAGCAGGAGAUUGAGUAUGUUGUUCUCGUUCACAGCCCUCAGUUUAAUGAGGAGUUUAAUACAUAUCCACUGCUUAAAUCCAGCCCACUGGCUUCUUAUGAAGGAAAUCAGAUCAUCUGGAGAGCACAAGCCAUUUGUGAAACCCACAACUACCAACUGGCAAUCCAUGGAAAAACAGCAGUGACAAAUCCAGUGAUGUAUCCAUACCAGUAUUAUGUGUGGGAUCAGCUUAGCCUUGUCUUUUUCAUCAAUGAGGAUAAGGUCCUUACCUUUCCUAAAAGAAAGCUUAAAGCAAGCCUUAGCUGUUGUGAAGUUGAUCAAAACAUAAACCUUUCAAAUGGAGACAACUGCUCUUCCAUUAAUGAAGCUGAGAAAUUCCUUGAAAGCUUUCAAGAUGAUGAUGAAAAGAAAGAUGAAAAGGAAGAAAAUGCAUUUGGGGAGGUGAAAAUGGAAAUGGACUAAAAAUGUACAAGUUUUUUCAGCUCUGUGACUUUGUGGUUUUACCCAUCCAUGCAAAUAGAUUUUGUUGAGAAAUUAAAGUAAAUAAAAGUUAGAGGAUGAUUUGGCUUGUCAUUAAACGUCUGUUUAUGGGAUCAAACAAACUGAAAUUGUUCAAACUCUGGAUUGUUCAAAAUAAAU